AUGGGCCGCGCGCGCAAGUCGAGCAACCUUGGGGCUGACAUUCGGGGGGACACUAGCGCUCCGGCGAUGUCUACCAUGAAUGAGGUCAGCCCAGUCGAUGCAAAGCCACCGCAAUGGGACAAUGUCAUUCAAUCCACCUCGGAGAAGUCAUCCAAGCCGCAUUCGAAGCGUCGCAGAAGCAGAUCAUAUCUGCGCCGCUUCAAGGAUAUAUGCCUUACGCAUACUUGGGUACUGCCUCUAGUUAUAAUGGUGGUUCUUCUUCUUGCGUAUGCGGUCAACCCGACCACGUCAAACCCCAUGCACUCCGCCAUCUUCCUAUCUUAUCCCGAGCCUCCGAAAACUCCGGGCGGUCCGAUUAUGUACGGUAAAGGUCCGAAGGAUAUUGCAUUCUGCUGCUUCUACACGGUUGUUCUCUCUUUCACACGCGAGUUUCUGAUGCAGCGCUUGAUCCGCCCUCUGGCCGGAUACUGCGGAAUCCGCGGAAAGGGUAAAACGGCCCGGUUCAUGGAGCAAGUGUAUACCGCCAUCUAUUUUGCCAUAUUCGGUCCCUUCGGUCUUUACGUUAUGAGCCGCACCAAUAUCUGGUACUUCAACACAACUGCCAUGUUCGAAGGGUUUCCUCAUCGAUCCCACGACGGCCUUUUCAAGGCCUAUUACCUGCUCCAGGCCAGUUACUGGGCGCAGCAAGCUAUCGUUCUCCUUCUGCAAUUGGAGAAGCCACGAAAGGACUUUAAAGAGCUUGUCGGACACCACAUUAUCACUCUCGCCCUUAUUGGGCUGAGCUACAGGUUCCACUUCACAUACAUCGGUCUUGCUGUCUACAUCACUCAUGACGUGUCGGAUUUCUUCCUCGCGACCUCCAAAACACUCAACUACAUCGACGCUUACAUCACUGCUCCGUACUUCGGGUUUUUCGUUUUCGUCUGGAUCUAUCUUCGCCAUGUACUGAACCUCAAAUUCCUUUGGGCUGUUCUUACCGAGUUCCGCACCGUUGGACCCUUUGAGCUGAACUGGGAAACCCAGCAGUACAAGUGCUGGAUCAGUCAGUACAUCACGUUUGCCCUGCUCGCCAGCUUGCAAGCCGUGAACGCCUUCUGGCUCUUCCUUAUUUUGCGCAUCCUCAAGAACUACCUAUUCACCUCUAUCACGAAGGAUGAGCGUAGUGAUGAUGAAGAUGAGGAAGAGGAAGAGGAGCUCAACCAGGUAGCCAACAGCACCGCGGCUGUGGCUACUGGUUCCGAGCAGGCGUCCCUAACGGCACGCUCGGUCAAUGCGGAGAAAAAGACACCGCAGGUUAUGGUCAACGGGCAGCCGGUGAAACGGUAA